AUGGCUCUCUUUCAACGCCAACCCCCUCCUUCAUUGUGGUUUUCCUUCCCAGCAAGUCGACUAGGUCAACGCCGUCGCGAAUGCGCCGAUGCAAUCACCCCAGAUUCCAACAUGGGGAACAGCAAAUCCACACAGGACCCGUCCCUGUACAAGCCCAGAUCCAAGCCUAAGCGCAAUAGCACAUUAUUCUCAAUAUGCCGAGGAUCGAAGAAACCCACCAAUGUAUGGGACCCACCAGCCUACGACGACCAAGACUACAAAUCCCCUCACACCCAGGUCAAGAUGUCCACAGACUCUGACUCUGACUCAGACUCGCGAUACUCAUUUCUCAAAGACUUCGAUACCAUCUUCCUCGUCGAUGAUAGUUCCAGCAUGAGCGGGCCUCGCUGGCGCGAAGCCGAAGAAGCCAUCGCGGCCAUCGCCCCAAUAUGCACCCAGUACGACAGUGACGGGAUUGACAUCCACUUUCUGAACCACCGCACCAGUGGCGAAGCAGGUUCCUACCGCAACAUCACCACAGCAGCAGAUGUGCAAGAAAUCUUCCAUAGCGUGCGCCCGCGCGGUUCAACGCCCGUCGGCCGUCGCCUCCUCGAGAUUUUAGCGCCAUAUCUACGGCGCGUGGAGCAAAUGCAGAACGGGAAUGCGGUCUUUGUGAAGCCGAUCAACAUUAUCACAAUUACAGAUGGCGAGUUCACGGACGAUGCGGAGAGUGUGAUUGUGCAGGUUGCUAAGACGCUGGACAAUCCGCGAUUAAAUGCGUUACCGUGGCAGGUUGGGAUUCAGUUUUUCCAAAUCGGGGAUGAUGUGAGUGUGCGGAGGUACCUGCAGGAGCUGGAUGAUGAUUUGGGGAAGUCCUGUAAGGCGGGGAACCUGAGGGACAUCGUGGAUACGGUCCCUUGGCGCGGACAACAAGGGCAGACGCUGGAUGCGAAUGGGAUUUUGAAGUGUGUUUUGGGAGCUGUAAAUAAGAAGUUGGAUCGCAGACAGGUCUGA